GCCAGAGACGAAGAACGUCGAUUUGCGCACAGCUGAAGAAAAAAAAAAUACUUGAAGGAAGGUGAACGAGAACGAUUGACUCGACGCAUUGCGAUCGACACUCCCCCCCCCCUCCCCCCUCCCCUAGCACCUCCCUGCACCAUGGCGGACUUCGCGUUUCAGUGGGAUGACGGCAACUUCAUCUCUCCCUUUGUCGCGGCAAGCGAGGGGGACAUGGAGAUCUUCGCCGGCUGGCUCGUCGCCCGCUUCCUGACCACCCUCACUGCCUCUGCCCCGAAGACUGCGGCCAAACGGCUCGAAAUGCGUCUCACGGACCUGGGCUGCGGCGAUGCGACGGCAAUCCUCUCGCUGGCGCAGUACGUGCGGAAAGGCUGGCGGGAGUUGGCGACGACAGUGGAGGGCUCUUCGCAGAGCUUCUUGCACCUGCUGGUGACGGGCGUCGAGCUCGACGACGCGCUGCUGGUGAAGGCGGAGGACAAUGCUGCAGCCUUCGCCACGUGCAUCGCCUCUCCCACCUCCUCACCCGUGUCGGUCGAGACGCACUUUGUGAACGCGGAUAUUCGCUUUGCGGACUUGGAUGUGUACUUCCCGCGUCACGUGGCGAUCCGUAGCUCCACUGCGUCAGUGCGAGCUGCUGCUCCCCCGCUGACCUCGCCGCCCUACGUGCUCUAUAUGUAUUUGCUGCCAGAUGCGCUGGAGGUGCUGCUAGAGAAGCUGCUGGAAGUUCUCCGACGAGGAUGGAUUGUGGCGUCGAACCGGUGGCCCAUUCCUGGUCUGGAUCACCUGCUGAAGGAGCGCGCAGGGCACGUUCACGUCUACUAUCAGUGA